CCUAAAGGUGUACCCACAAUUCUAUAGUCGUCUGUAACACAACAUCUUUAAAGGUGAUAUCUAAGUACAAACGAUCUAGCUUUGUGCAUGCGUUAUAACAUUGUUAGUUAGAGUUCCAUUUCGUUAAUGUUUGCCAGAACGAAAAAUGGCUGCUCGGGUCGUUGUGUGACCUGCGAUGUGACCGCAGAACGUUGAGCUUCUGACAGUCUUGUCUGAGUGUUGUUCCAUCGGCAUGGCAGGGAGCCGGCUGGAGAAGCUCGGAACCGUGUUUAGCAGAGUACGAGAUUUGUUGCGUGCAGGAAUAAUAAAACAAAAUGAGAAACCUGUAUGGUAUGAUGUCUAUGCUGCUUUCCCUCCCAAACGGGAGCCUCUGUAUGAAAAACCAUUAAGGAGAAAACAGAUCACUUCUGACAUUGUGCCUUCUAUUUUGUACAAAGAGGAUAUCAUCAGAGCAAAAUUUUAUGAAACAUAUGGUAAUGGACCAAGAGCAUUUGAAUUAUCUCGGACAAACUUUAAGUCUUCAUGUCAACGAUUUGUGGAAAAAUAUGCAGAACUUCAGAAAAUGGGAGAAGAGGAUGAAAGCAAGCUGUUUGAAGAGACAGGAAAAGCACUUUUAGCUGAAGGAAUAAUCCUUCGGAGAAAGGGGACAUAUGUGGCACAGCCUCAGCAGCCUCAAGAGUCAGAACGCCAGGAUCCUUUGCUUGAAAUGAACUUAAAGAAAAUGCUGGAGGAAAUACAGCAACAGCAGCAGCAAGAAGAAAAAACACAAGAGACUAAAAACAGUCCCACCCAUUAACUUAUAUAAAGCUGAUGCACUGGACUUAAAUGCAGCACUGAAGAACAUACAUUUGUUCUAAUGUUUCUGAGGCAGUGUAUUUAUAAAAUGAACAUCUGUUAUACAGCACGUAUAUUUUUACCAAAUUGCUCACAUUAAAUGUAUUUACAUCCAA